AGUCCUACAUCGUCAUAUUCAGAGUGAUAGAUUAUUUUCUAGAUCUUUCAAAAUAAAGUCAUGGAUCGGUGGCGAUCCACUGGUGCCCCGACCUCUUCCAUUUCCUUCGAGCAUUAGUAGGUUAUAGACCCAGCCCAAACUUCUCUUACAGCAAUGGAUCCGAAAAAGAGCCUUGCCACUACCGAGCCGGCCUCUGUUGAUGCUGCUCUAUUUGACUUAGACCCGCCGGUCGGGCGGCGCGUAGAAGAUCCUCAGGCAUCUUCUUCUAUCCACCCAAGACGGCGGUCACAAUCGAGUCUACGAUCGGGAUCCAACCCACGGGCGCCUUCGCCAUGCGCGACACGAGAGGUUCCCGGGGAGGAUUGUGCGCUGCAGAGAUUUAUAGUAUGGGCCGCCGUUAAACGAAACAAGUCUCCCCGAAUAGUACCCAACGAUCGCCUAAGAUGCCCUCUUGUCUUGUGUGGAGAACAGUUCGACGACCAUGAAACGAUGCUAAGGCACUUGAUCAAGUGCCAACAUCUCAAGACCGGUGAAUAUUUGUGCUACGACUGCAUGAAAGUUGAGCGAUUCAACGAUGAAAAAUGCCGAUGUUGUCUAGGCCAUCCGACUAAACGAAGGCGGAUUAUGAACUUGGCAAGGAACUUCUUUUCGAAUAUUGGUAAUAGAUCACGAAGGACCACGUCCCAAUCUAACUUUCAAGAAGACAUUUCCAUGCCGCCACCCAGUUACGAUUCUCUCGUGAUCGACCUUGAAGAAAUCAGCCAGCAACAGCAACGACAACAACAAGAACAGGAACAAGACCACCAACAACACCAACUACAUCCCCCUCAACCCCAAAUUGAGUUAAAUGGAAAUGAGAUACACGAGUUGGACUCGAUGCAAAUGUCACCAACAGCUCAACUCGACUCCGUCAACUACGACACGCGAAAUGCAGAUAUUCCCAUGACUUUAGAUCAACACGAUGGUAUGUUAGGGGUUGUGGCACCUCAACAAGUGACUACGUUCCCACAACGCGCAUGGCCCGUAACACGAAAUAUUGACAAAGACGAGUCUAUGCCCCCGCCCAAUUCAAUAUCCUCGAAUUCGGGUAGCCGUCGCCCUUCUCUAGCCUUGGAUACUCACAUAGACCAUUACAGGAGCGUUCCUCGCUCGAAGCACCUCUCUCCGAGCUCAUCACUUCGAUCAACCGGAAGUUCGCAGAACAUAUCGCCGAUUACCCCGUGGAGCGCAAGUUCCGGUGGAUCUGGAGCUUGGACGAUGUGCUCUGGUAUAGAUACUGCGAUGACAUCGCCAAUAACCCCCUUAAGCUCGGACGGUCCUCCAUUUGAUGCUUUAGCAUCAUCAAAGGCUACUACCAAAAUACCAGCAGAUGAUUGCGACUAUAUGAUCGGCAACAUGUCUGAACUGCCUGGCGAUGACUCACUGUCCAUACCACGUGGCCUAUCCGAUCCAUUGUUCUUCUCUUUUGAUCCCAAGGAUAACUACUCCUGGAUGCCAUCCGUGAAUACAGAGAUUUCGCUUGCUACGUCGGUUAAUAUGGUGUUCACGGAUACCGACUCCAAAUCCGCGAACGUACCAUCUAGAUUCGUCGAGUCUCCUAGUCGUGGGCCCGAUACUAGGGCCCUUGUACAAUCAUCCUGGGAUGCCUUGGAAGAGCAUGUAUCGUCUUCGGUAUCGAAGCUGGCACAUAUUAAGGGGAACCCACUGGUCGAAAGACUUCUAACGCAGUCGUCGAAAGAUAUAGCAUUAAGUGGCCUUUCAAGUCUAAGGAAUGUGCUUCAGGGCAACAAUCCCACGGACCCACUCGACUACGUCUGCUUCGUUCACCUUAUCUACGCCUUCUCGCUCGUAAUCCACGAAAACGAGGUCGCAGCUCGUAGUGGUUUGCUAUACCAACAAGCAAUGGCCUACCGACACUUCAUUGACCCAUCACAGGCCGGAUAUUAUACGCAGAUUGCGACAAUUAUAUGGCAGCCAACUGCAGCUGGUCAAUCAUCAACCCAGAGGACCUUCUUACCUGAGCCAUCUAGUAGCAAGGGCAAAGAGCGUGAGCAUCGCACAAGUCCAAGGAUCAACAUAGAGACCGAUCCUCUCGUAGCCGUGGGACAGAACUUUCUCGAUGACAUUGAACACUCUGUCAUAAGCAGUAGCUCAGAAAGACCCAUUGAAGUGAAUGCAUCCGAACUCUGGUCUACACACCUAAUCGAUUUCCCGCCGGUUCCAUCACACGAUAGUCCCUUUACAAUCACAGUCGAAUAUAUUAUUCAGUGUCUGGAGCUAAAAUUUUCACACUCCAAAACACUGUCGCUGAGACUCGGGGAGAUUGGACGAAGGGUGCGUGCUGGCCACAUUACCAGCGUCCGUAAGCUCGAACUCGCAAUAUUGCAAGCUGGCAAGAAUUCUUUGGGAACCUCCGAAAUUUUCGACGAAUUUAUUCCUCACGUUAGGGGACUUUGCAAUCCUAUUUACUCGGAACAGGGAUAUUCCACCAGGGCAAGAUAUCAGGUUCUAGCAGUAUCACUGGUAGAAACUUUGAUUCAAAGCAUUGCGUCCGAUCCACAAAGCGCGCAGGAGUCUAGCUCAUUUCCAUAUGGCGAAUUUCUCGAGAAUCUUCACGAAACUUUCGAUCCCAGCAACGACGACUUCCUCGUCCCUUUAGGCACAGGCGCCUCAGGCCAGGCAGAUAUUCCAGCCACCCGCAGCUUUGACCCAGUGGUUGACCCCAUUCAUCUUCAAGGUAUCAAUAGCCGGCAACCGACCACGACCUCAACGUCCUUCCCUUCACCCGUGUCUCAUGCCAGCACACCCAAUAGCUCCUUCGCCGCCUCGCCUAAUCUUUCAUUACCGAUUAUUCCGGGAGCCCCUCCAAAGCCUUCAACGCCAAAUCAUAACACGGCAAGCCCAAAAUCUAUGUCGUCUACAAUUCAGAAAGUAGAGGCGAACGACUGUUGCGAAAUCUGCGGAUAUCGCCCUAAGGGCGACCCGCAAUGGUUCAAGGGAAGCAUGGCAAAGCAUAAGAAAAUGCAGCACUCGACAGGGCCACCGAUUAUUUACAAGUGCCCCUAUCCUGGCUGCACCAGCCAGUACAAGAAUCGCCAGGACAAUCUGCGUCAGCACCAGAUAGAGAAAAACCACUGGGUUGGGGAUGAAGCGUCUAGGAGGCCUAGCAAAAGGGCGAAAACUUCACCAAGCUAGGUGCAUUGACAACACGAAAAAUACAUAUGAAGAGGAUAUGACUAUAUACAACGACGGGUAUUUUGCAUUAGCUAGGUGUUUGGAUUUGAUAUUCUAGGCGGCGGCCUUUUGCAACUUCACUUCUCCAAAUAGCCUUCAUUACCUCUCUACAUUUUAUACGACUUGGAUA